AUGGGUAAACAAAUAUGUAAAAAAAGCCCUUCCCUUCAACUCAAUAAGAUGCAUUCUGGUGAUAUCUUUGAAAAAGACAAGAAGCUUGGACAGGAGUUGCGAGUGAUAGUGACAGAUGGUGCCAAUUACAAUUAUGAAGUCGAACUGGGACUGCAUCUGAAAGAUGGGCCCAACUUGGUUGAAGAGGCUGUAUCUGUUGCUCUUCGAUGCAAUGAGACACUUGAGAAUUGUGAAGGUCAGAAGGUUGGACAAGAGUUGGGACUGCAUCUGAAAGAUGGGACCAACUUGGUUGAAGAGGCCCUAUCUUGUCACCCUUCUCUUCAAUGCAAUGAGAUGCUUAAGAAUUGUGAAGAAGGUCAGAAGGCUGGACAAGAGUUGGGGCUGCAUCUGAAAGAUGGGACCAACUUGCUUGAAGAGGCAAUAUCUGUUAACCCUUCUCUUCGAUGCAGUGAGAAGCUUGAGAAUUGUGAAGAAGGUCAGAAGGUUGGACAAGAGCUGGGACUGCAUCUGAAAGAUGAGAGCAUCUUGGUCGAAGAGGCCGUAUCUGUUAAUCCUUCUCUUCGAUGCAAUGAGAAGCUUGAGAGUUGUGAAGAUCAGAAGGUUGGACAAGAGUCGGGACUUCAGCUGAAAGAUGAGACCAACUUGGUUGAAGAGGCUGUAUCUGUUAACCCUUCUCUUCGAUGCAAUGAGACACUUGAGAAUUGUGAAGAAGGUCAGAAGGUUGGACAAGAAUUGGGACUACAUCUGAAAGAUGGGACCAACUUGGUUGAAGAGGCUGUAUCUGUUAACCCUUCUCCUCGCUGCAAUCAGAGGCUUGAGAACUGUGAAGAAGGUCAGAAGCCUGGACACAAAUUCAUUGUGGAUCUGAAAGAUGAGACCAAGUUUGUUAAAGAGGCUGAAUAUGUUAAAACCUCUCAAAUAGCUACUACCAGUAACCCUUCCAAUACCUUAGAACAAAAAUGUUACAUUACUGCACAGCCUAUCAUUGAUCCUAUCUGGAGGGGAAGUUUAUGUAUCCGCAACAGAAGUUCUGGAGCUGUUGGCCUUGGAGCUCAUUUGUCUUGCUUGGCAUGCUAUAAAGUGUGCGAGGAGGCAAAACUAAUGCCGGAGUUGCUAUAUGCUGAACUGUUUCGUAGGUCAGAUGUGUGGCCAAAAGGUUUUGAGAAGCAGGGCCCAUCCGACCAGAGUAUUGCUCUUUAUUUCUUUCCAAAGAAUGAAAGUGAUGGAAAGGCUUUUGGGAGCCUGGUGGAUAGCAUGAUUAGCCAAGACCUUGCCAUGAGAUCCAUGGUGCAAAAUGCAGAACUUUUGGUUUUCGCUUCUACCGUACUUCCUGCGCAAUAUAGGACAUUUCAGUCGAAGUUUUAUUUGUGGGGGGUGUUUAGGAGAAAGCAAGUGUCACAUGUAACAAAUACAUUUGUCCCUGAAGUGGAGAAAACCCGUACAAAUGCCUUAACCUGGGAUAGGCGGCCGAGUUCUACAAGUCUUUUAAGUAGCAGUGAUAGCCAUGGUUCUGAUUCACUGUAUUCUUUUUGUGCUUCAGUGUUUUGAUUUCGUUCAUUAGAAUCUGUAUAGUUUUUGUUUCUCUCUGUCUCUCCCUGCAACAGGGCCAUGAUAUGGAGUAGAAAUUUGAAUUUGCAUUCUAGAGAUAAAUCCAUGGAGUGUCCUAAUCCUUUGGGCAGCAACUUUCAGACACGAAAAGAGAGAGAGAAGAGGGGGGAGGGAGGGUGUUGAACUAGCUCUAAAUAUAAAUAGAAGAAUCCCGAAUUAGCAACUAUCCACAAGUGUCAAUUCAUUCAAGGCAAGAGAGCAACAAUUGUUUUGUUUUCACAUGUUAGUUAAAAUAGGUUAUUGGGAAUAGGCUUUCAUCUCUACAUGCGUUUUUUAUAGCAAAUAAAGAAUCUAUAGUUGAUGGUCAA